AUAGGGGAGGAUGUAAGUGCAGCUGGGGAGUGUGCAGAGCAGAUUUGGGAGGAAGGCAGGAGACAGUGCUGUGAUUCCAGCAAGGAGACAGGGAAGUAGCACAGGAUGAUGCAGAACGCUACUCCCUGCACUUAGCUACAUCAAUAGGGAAAGAAGCUGCGAUAGUAAGGAGAUGCUGCAGGUGCUUGUAUGGCUGGUACAGAGUGUGUAAAAGGCAGCUGAACUCCUGUGUGCAAACAGGUCCAUCUGAGCUGAGCUAGGGUAGAAAUCGGGGAGCAGAGAGCUCCUUUGCCAGGCAAGUUGCAGGCAGGACCUAUGUGUUCCAGACAGUCUGCUCCUAUGACACAUUGAGCGAGACCUCUCAUCCGGCCAGUGUUCAAGAGAAGCCAGAGAGACAUCUGUCCAUAUUUUUUCUGUGGCCCCGUGGGCUUCUGCCUGGGAUCAGCAUGAAGGAUCGGACCCGAGAGCUACGCACUGCAAAGGACAGCGACGAGGAUGAUGAAGUCGCUGUGGGUUUGGAUCGAGAUCGUUUCAUGGAUGAAUUUUUUGAACAGGUAGAAGAGAUCAGAGGGUUCAUUGACAAGAUCGCUGAAAAUGUGGAGGAAGUUAAAAGAAAGCACAGCGCUAUUCUUGCUUCACCCAACCCUGAUGAAAAAACAAAGGCCGAGCUGGAAGAGUUAAUGUCAGACAUCAAAAAGACAGCCAACAAGGUCCGUUCCAAGCUGAAAGGUAUUGAACAGAGCAUUGAACAAGAAGAAGCACUGAACCGCUCCUCAGCAGACUUACGUAUACGUAAGACACAGCAUUCAACACUGUCACGAAAGUUUGUUGAAGUGAUGUCCGAAUACAACGCCACCCAAUCCGACUACCGUGAGAGAUGCAAAGGCCGAAUCCAACGACAGCUGGAAAUCACUGGCAGAACCACAACCAGUGAAGAGCUGGAGGACAUGCUGGAGAGUGGAAAUCCAGCUAUUUUCUCCUCAGGGAUAAUUAUGGACUCCAAUAUUACCAAGCAGGCUCUAAAUGAAAUUGAGACGCGGCACAGCGAAAUCAUCAAGCUAGAAAACAGCAUCCGCGAGCUGCACGAUAUGUUUAUGGACAUGGCCAUGCUUGUAGAGAGUCAGGGUGAAAUGAUCGACCGCAUAGAGUAUAAUGUGGAACAUUCCGUGGACUAUGUGGAAAGAGCAGUGUCUGACACCAAGAAGGCAGUCAAGUACCAGAGUAAAGCCAGAAGGAAGAAAAUCAUGAUCAUCAUCUGCUGUGUGGUUCUGGGUAUUGUCAUUGCUUCAACGUUUGGAGGGAUUUUUGCAUAAGGCGACCGGCAGACAAUGCAUGUUCUGGACAUAGGAAGAGAUAUGCAGCACACAGUGCGUGCCCUGUCCAACAAGGCACUGGCAGUGGAAAAAAACAAAAAAAUAAAAACACUUUUUGAGUGGAGAGCCCCUCUGCAUGACAACCCUGUUGUUGUAACCCAGUGCACACACCCAGGAAGAGGCUCACUAUACUCUGCGGGAUGGGGUGGAUGGGACAUAACAAGCUUAGCCUACUAACCAAGCUGUGUUUGCCAUUAUGAUAUCCUUUCGUUUGCAAAGAGUUUCCCAGUUAUUGGACUCCUACAGGUGUUUGAAGGAUGCGGCAGAGGGUUAUCAUUCCUCCAAAGCCUUUAUUAUCCGUUCCACUGCCGACCAGAUGCCUUUUGGGUUCAAAGAAGAAUCUGCCUCUUCAGCAGCCAACUAGAUCCUAUCAUUGGGAGUAAGUGCCAAGCAAAGCCAGACUUAUUUAACUUCAUCCAUUGCACUCUUCAUGCUUUGAACUGGGACAAUGUGCUGGAGACCGUGACAAUUUCCCUUUUUGCAUGACAGGGGCUCAGUGUUUGGUUUAACUUGUUUAAAAGUUGGAAUCUGUUUUAUGUGAACCCUCUUCCGGCAACUCUUCUGAAGAGGGACGGGUGCCAUUUUGAGUUCUUUUUGUAUCUGGGUAAAUACAUUCCUUUUUGUAACUCUGUAAGAAAAAUGUCUAGAUAUAUGUGUCUCUGUGAUUACAUAUACAGAUAUGGUAUGUGUGUGUGUGUGUGUGCGCAAUCCACCUCAACCCAGAGCUGGCAUCACUGUUGUGUAAUGGCCUGUGGUCGCCAUGAAAUGUAUUUAUGUCCUGGAAGUGCUGGGUAGCCGUUAUGUGUUAACAGCCUGUACUGGCUACCUCCACUGGUGCACCGCCAAGUACAUUGUGUACGUCUCUGUGUUAUGGGUUGGGGAGUGGCGGGGAAGUGACCGCGAGGUGACGCAGCACAAUCAGUCGAGUCAGUGAUGGCAAACUGAGUCCUGAUGUGCCUUACGGCUUGUACUAGUCAGUUGCUGAUCCUUUCAGUGCUGCCAAUACUUCCCAGCUCUGAAGGGGUUGCUCACCAGCAUGCUUUGUGAGGAAAGUUUUUAUAUUUGAUGUUAAUUCUUUCUUGUGUGUUUUUUUUUUUUUGUCUGCACCCCCUUGUGUGGCAUUUAAUAAAAGAUAUGAGUUUGAGGAAAUCUUAGCAAUGAGA